UCUAUAAGCUAAAUAUAAUAGUUAUUUUUUAUCCCUUUACAAGCACCAGUAUAUUUUCAUUUAGCCGACACGAGACUCUUAUUUUGACACACUGACCAGACUCGAUGACAGGAAGUGAGUCUCUGGUGUUGCUUAUUGUUGCCAGCUUCACGCUGCCUUCAGUAUUUGGUUUCAUUUCCUGUCAGAAGAAUAAUUUGACUAGAAAAAAGAGAUACCAUUGUGGUUAGAAAUAGCCUUCAGUGACGUAGACCGAUGCACAAUCCAUUUAGUGGCACUAAUAGCAAAAAUGUCUCGAGUUCCCAUGGGUAAAGUGUUGCUCCGGAAUGUCAUUCGCCACACGGAUGCCCAUAACAAGAUUCAAGAAGAAUCUGAAAUGUGGAAAAUGAGAGAAAUGGAGAGGCAGGCUCCAAGGAAUUAUUCAAAAUGGCCACGGUCAAAAUCUCCCAGAGGCAGAAUGCGAUGUGAUGGCUAUGAUGAUGAUGAGAGAGAAGCAACCUCAACGUACAGCUCUGAGAAGGACAGUCGGGAGGCAAGAUACUGGACCAAGAAACUGUAUGAUUUUGAAGCCAAUGAUCCAAACCGAUGGGGACACAGUGGUUUUAAAGAGCUUUAUCCAGAAGAGUUUCAGACAGAAAGUGACAGUGAUGAAGAAAACGUGAAAGAAAGUAAACAUUCAGGACAUUCUGCAAAAUCAUCCACCCAAGAGUCAAGAAAAAGAAAAAGGUCCAAGAAAGCGAACAGAAAAGAAAAAAAAAAAUCUGCAAAAAAACACAAGAAAAGAAAAAAGGAGGAGAACAGUGAACUAGAGAGCGAAGAUUCAAGCUCAGAUGAGAAAUACAGCAAAAAAAGGCGAGCAAAAAGAAAGGUAAAAAAAUCCAAAAAAGCAAAACUCAAAAGCAAAAAGGAUUCAUCCAGAGAGAGUGAAUCUGGCAGCUCUGAGGAGGAACAACAGAAACAGACUCAGAGAAAGAAGAAAAAACAUCACCAAGUGAAAAUGGAGGAGACAACUGUAAAUCAUGAAAUAAAGAAUAAGCGGAAAAAUUGGAAAAUAGCAAAUGACGAAAAAUCGGAAGAAAGUUCAGAAGAUUAGAAGAAACUUGAUUUUAUUCCCUUUUGAGUGAGUGAAAGUACUUGUUGAUCACAUUGGAUCAUUAGGUGUACAGCACCUGCAAAGCUGAUAUUCCAGCUCUUCUCAGGGCAUGUUUUGAACCCUCAUUUGGAAUGUCCACCUUUAGUAACAAAAUCACUGCAGAGAGAUCAUUUUCCACUUCUUUUCAGGCUUUUAAUAUUUCAACUUCACUUUCUGGGUAUAAAAGCCAAAGAUGAAAAGUGAUUUGCAAAAAGUGUUUUUCUUGUUUAUGUUAUGUACUGUAUAUUCCAGAGUGUAAUUUUGUUAUUUUUUGAAAACUAAUUUGGUUGAAUAUCCAUUCAACUUUAUUUUUUUGUAAUAUUAUGAUUUACAUGCAUGUAUGCAUGUAGAACUGUUGAAAAUUUUAAACAAACCUAUCACGAGAGACCUUCAUACAGAGUUCACUUUAUAUAAGAGCACUGAUCAGUGGCUUCUCUAGCAUAAACUAGAUGGGAGAGGUCACUUGGGGGAACAAGAUAUUACCAGGCCCCACACACCAGGCUCCUGUUACUGAAAUUGUGGAGGUAACAAAUGAUAUUUUGGUGUCAGUUUCUCACAGAUUUGGAUGCAGAGUUAGUCACUGGAAUAUCUGUACAGUGUGUUUUCUAUUUAUCAAGUGUAUAUUUUUUUAUUUAAUUUUUUUACCAAACAAAUGCAAUAUGUGAAUUAUCCAGAUGUCCAUUAAUAGCCCUCAGGUUUACUGUUUAGUAAGAUAAUGCUAAAUAAAGUAUGGGUUAUUCUGACAGAUAUUAGCUGCAAUUGAACAUUUUUGAAUAAUGCUUUCUUAACCUGAAUGUUAAUUGAACUAAGUGAAGAGGAAAUAUUAAAGUGUAAUAUAUUAAUUAUGUAUGCCAGAUUUAGGAAUUUUUAAAAUGACAUAGCUCACUUCUUGCUCUAUCCACUGAAAAGUGCACUUUUAGAAUUUUAUUGAAUUUGCCAUUUUCAUCAUGGAUUUAAUUUUUAAACAUCAAAACAGUUAUGAUGCAGGGUAUAGUACUCAUGUUCUCACAUUUGCUAUGUUAAAGUUUUGUAUAAGUUGAACAUUUUCAACUUUGUACUUGGCCACUUCCAAAUAAUUUCCAUGAGUAUUAAAUUAUUUUUAUUAAUUAUGUAUUA